UCUCUCUCUCUCACUCUCUGCCGCGCCGCGCACGUUCCGUUGCUCCUCCGUGUCCUUCGUCGUCGAAGGAGAAGACGAAGCCGGAGGAGGAGGAGGAGGAGGAGGAGGAGGGAAAUGGAGGCGGCGUUGGGAUUGAUGAGGAGGAUGCCGCCGAAGCACACGGAGACGGCCCUCUCGGCUCUCCUCAGCCUCUUGCCCCACCACUCCUCCGAUCUCCUCUCCCAAGUCGACCAGCCCCUCCAGGUUUUGUGCGAUGUAGACUCUGGAAAGGAGUUUAUUUUGUGUGAAUACAACAGAGAUGCCGACUCUUACAGGUCACCCUGGUCUAGUAAAUACCAUCCACCAUUGGAAGAUGGCACGCAGCCGUCUUCAGAAUUAAGGAAACUGGAGAUCGAGGCGAAUGACAUCUUUGCAAUAUAUCGUGACCAGUACUAUGAAGGUGGCAUUUCGUCGGUCUACAUGUGGGAAGACGAUAAUGAAGGUUUUGUUGGCUGCUUUUUGAUAAAGAAAGACGGAUCGAAGACGGCUCAUGGAAGAAGGGGUUACCUGGAGGAAGGUGCGUGGGAUGCUAUACAUGUAAUUGAGGUGGGUCCUGAAGAAGAUGGGACAGCUCAUUAUUGUUUAACCAGCACUGUUAUGCUCUCUCUCACUACAGAUGAUGAAUCAUCCGGCACAUUCAGUUUGUCUGGGUCUAUUAGAAGACAGAUGAAUAUGGACCUCUCAAUUGCUGAGGGCCAUCUUUGUAACAUGGGAAGGAUGAUAGAGGAAAUGGAGAGUAAGCUGAGGAAUUCCCUUGAUCAGGUCUAUUUUGGAAAGACAAAAGAGAUGGUCUGCACCUUGCGACCACCAGCUGAAAUAACGCAGAUGAGAAUGCCUGAGAGCUGAUAUUACGCCGUGUUGUCAUGAAUUACAUGUUGCCAUUCUCCCAAGAUUUGAUAUUCCGUCUAAGUAUCUGACUUUCAAACUCCAGCCCUGCUUGCAGCAUGUUGCCAAGAGGGGGAUGGUGGUAGAUCUGAUUCUCUUACUUUCUUAGGACUCAGAAACUUUAAAGGGGACAUUUUUCAGCUAUUAAUAUGCCAAUGCUAAAACAUGAUUUGUACAUGUGAAAGGAUAUGUCUAUUGCGUUGCCUUUAGUUUAGAUGAAACAUUCGAAAGGUAGAUACUCCUAAAACAAUUUCCAGGCUGACGAGUUGCUUGGCAGGUGCACUAUCUAUGGUUGGAUUUGUUGGAAAGUUGUAUUUCUGUUUUCAGGUUA